CCCCCGGCCCGCCCCUCGCUGGGCUCCCGGGAGGAAGCCGUCGGGGUGGAAACUCGACGUGUCCGGGAAGGCGCCGGCCGCUCAGCCUCUCGGCCGCGAUGCUGGACCCUUCGUCCAGCGAGGAGGAGUCCGAUGAGGUGCAGGAGGAGGAGCGGCGGCGGGACGGGCCGGGGGUGCCGGCCGGGGGCUCGCUGCCGCCGCCGCGGGAGGCGCGGGGCAGGGAGGGGGGCGCGGGGCGGGCUGCGACCCCCGGCCCCAGCCCCAGCCCCUCGGUGCUGAGCGAGGGCCGAGAGGAGCAGGAGCGGCUGCAGCGGGAGGAGCGGGAGAAGCGGCUCCGGCUGCAGCUCUACGUCUUCAUCGCCCGCUGCAUCGCGCACCCCUUCAACGCCAAGCAGCCCACCGACAUGGCCCGUCGGCAGCAGAAGCUCAAUAAACAACAGCUACAGACACUGAAGGAACGUUUCCAGGCCUUUUUGAAUGGAGAGACGCAAAUUGUAGCAGAUGAAGCAUUCUGCAAUGCUGUGCGAAGUUACUAUGAGGUGUUUCUCAAGAGUGACCGGGUUGCAAGAAUGGUUCACAGUGGAGGAUGUUCUGCAAAUGACUUUAGAGAUGUUUUUAAGAAAAACAUAGAAAAGAGGGUCCGAAGUUUGCCAGAAAUUGAUGGAUUGAGCAAAGAAACAGUGUUAAGUUCUUGGCUAGCCAAAUAUGAUGCCAUAUACAGGGGAGAAGAGGACUUUUGCAAACAGCCGAAUAGAAUGGCCUUAAGUGCUGUAUCGGAGCUGAUUCUGAGCAAGGAACAGCUUUAUGAAAUGUUUCAACAGAUUCUAGGGAUCAAAAAAUUGGAACACCAGUUGAUUUAUAAUGCCUGCCAAUUGGAUAAUGCAGAUGAGCAAGCAGCCCAGAUCAGACGUGAACUAGAUGGACGUCUACAACUGGCUGAACAAAUGGCAAGGGAAAGAAAAUUCCCAAAGUUUAUAACAAGAGAAAUGGAAAACAUGUACAUAGAAGAGUUGCGGUCUUCAGUGAAUUUGCUGAUGGCAAAUUUGGAAAGUCUUCCAGUGUCUAAAGGUGGGCCAGAAUUUAAACUGCAGAAGUUAAAGCGAUCACAAAAUUCUGCAUUCUUGGACAUAGGAGAUGAAAAUGAGGUUCAGCUGUCAAAGUCUGAUGUGGUCCUCUCCUUCACAUUAGAGAUCGUUAUAAUGGAAGUGCAAGGUUUAAAGUCAGUCGCACCCAAUCGGAUUGUCUACUGCACUAUGGAAGUGGAGGGGGGUGAGAAGCUUCAGACAGACCAGGCAGAAGCUUCCAGGCCACAAUGGGGAACUCAAGGAGAUUUUACCACUACUCACCCUCGUCCUGUUGUCAAAGUAAAACUCUUUACAGAAAGCACUGGGGUUCUGGCACUUGAAGAUAAAGAACUAGGAAGAGUAGUGUUGUAUCCAACAUCCAACAGCUCAAAGUCACCUGAUCUACAUAAAAUGAUAGUCCCCAAAAACAGCCAGGACAGUGACUUGAAAAUUAAACUAGCAGUUAGAAUGGAUAAACCACCUCACAUGAAGCACUGUGGAUAUUUGUACGCUCUAGGACAGAAGGUUUGGAAACGGUGGAAAAAGCGCUACUUUGUUCUUGUUCAGGUUAGCCAAUACACAUUUGCUAUGUGCAGUUACAGAGAAAAGAAAUCUGAGCCUCAGGAACUGAUGCAACUGGAAGGAUACACUGUGGAUUAUACAGCUCCUCAUACAGGUCUUCAGGGUGGUCGAAUGUUUUUCAAUGCUGUUAAAGAAGGCGAUACUGUCAUAUUUGCCAGUGAUGAUGAACAGGAUAGAAUACUCUGGGUUCAAGCGAUGUACAGAGCCACGGGUCAAUCUUAUAAGCCUAUUCCUGCAAGUCAAGCUCAGAAGAUGAAUCCUAAAGGAGGAAAUGUCAACACUGAUGUAUCCCCGCUUUCAAGUAAAGAUACAGACCGUGGUCAGAAACAUGGCAUGGAGGAGUUUAUUUCUGCUAAUCCCUGCAAAUUUGACCAUGCUUCCCUCUUUAGACUGCUUCAGAGGCAGACCUUGGAUCACAGAUUGAAUGACUCCUAUUCUUGUUUGGGUUGGUUUAGUCCAGGUCAAGUCUUCGUAUUAGAUGAAUACUGUGCUCGCUAUGGAGUGAGAGGAUGUCACCGACAUCUUUGCUAUCUUAAUGAGUUGAUUGAACAUUCAGAAAAUGGUUCUGUCAUCGAUCCAACCUUGCUCCACUACAGUUUUGCAUUUUGUGCUUCUCAUGUUCAUGGUAACAGGCCAGAUGGAAUUGGAACAGUAUCUGUUGAUGAGAAAGAAAGGUUUGAGGAAAUUAAGGACAGACUUUCCUCCCUUUUAGAAAACCAAAUAAGCCAUUUCAGAUACUGUUUCCCUUUUGGACGACCUGAAGGAGCUUUAAAAGCCACACUUUCAUUACUUGAAAGGGUUUUAAUGAAAGAUAUUGCCACUCCCAUACCAGCAGAAGAGGUGAAGAAAGUGGUCAGAAAAUGUCUGGAGAAGGCUGCUUUGAUCAAUUACACUCGACUUACAGAAUAUGCCAAAAUAGAAGCAACAGCAGAAAAGGACUCAGAGGCCAUGAACCAAGCAACACCUGCUAGAAAACUGGAAGAGGUUCUUCACCUUGCAGAACUCUGUAUUGAAGUAUUGCAACAAAAUGAAGAACAUCAUUCAGAGGGAAGAGAGGCAUUUGCUUGGUGGCCAGAAUUACUGGCUGAGCAUGCAGAGAAGUUUUUGUCUCUUUAUUCUGUUGAUAUGGAUUCAGCACUUGAGGCACAGCCACAGGACUCCUGGGACAGCUUCCCACUUUUCCAGCUGCUGAAUAACUCCCUCAGAAAUGACACAUUUUUGUGCAAUGGAAAGUUUCACAAGCACUUGCAGGAAAUUUUUGUUCCCAUGGUCAUCCGCUACAUUGAUCUCAUGGAAUCAUCAAUUGCCCAGUCCAUUCACAGAGGUCUUGAACAAGAAUCGUGGCAACCUGUCAAGAGCAUCAGCAACAGUCUUCCUAAUGUAGCUCUUCCAAAAGUUCCAAGUUUGCCUCUUAAUCUUCCACAAAUGCCUAGCUUUUCUACACCAACCUGGAUGACUUCUAUGUAUGACUCCACAAAUGGCUCAGCUACUUCAGAAGAUCUUUUUUGGAAACUGGAUGCUCUACAGAUGUUUGUUUUUGAUCUUCACUGGCCAGAACCAGAAUUUGCCCACCAUUUAGAACAGAGACUUAAACUCAUGGCAACUGACAUGAUAGAAGCCUGCGUUAAAAGAACAAGAAUUGCAUUUGAACUCAAGCUGCAAAAGACAAACAAAUCAACAGACUUGCGUAUUCCUUCUUCUCUGUGUACAAUGUUUAAUGUCUUAGUUGAUGCCAAAAAACAGACAGCUAAACUCUGCAUUCUGGAUGGAGGGCAAGAGACAUUCAUCAUUUCCUGUUCUACCCUGUCAUCUUUAUUUUUCCUUUUGGUUUUCCAUGACAUGAACCAGUUUGCUAGUCAAUGGCAACAGUACCAUUCAAAAAUAGAUGACUUGGUCGAAGAAACUGUUAAAGAAAUUAUUUCACUUCUUGUUUCAAAGGUUGUUUCAGUGUUAGAAGGUGUGCUGUCUAAAUUGUCGAGAUAUGAUGAAGGCACUUUCUUUUCAUCAUUAGUUUCAUUCACGGUGAAAGCAGCUGCAAAAUAUGUUGACGUUCCUAAACCCGGCAUGGAUCUAGCAGAUACCUACAUUAUGUUUGUUCGACAAAACCAGGAUAUACUUCGAGAAAAGGUCAAUGAGGAAAUGUAUAUAGAGAAGUUAUUUGAUCAAUGGUAUAGCAACUCCAUGAAAGUCAUAUGCAUGUGGUUGGCUGAUAGAUUAGACCUUCAGCUUCACAUCUACCAACUGAAGACUCUGAUCAAGAUAGUGAAGAAAACCUACCGAGACUUCAGACUGCAAGGCGUGAUGGAAGGAACGCUGAACAGUAAAACCUACGAUACUGUCCACAGCCGUCUGACCGUGGAGGAAGCCACGGUCUCAGUCACAGAUGCAGGAGGACUUCAGGGCAUUACAAUGAAAGACAGUGAUGAAGAGGAAGGAUAAUACUAAUUCACCAGGCGUUUGGAGCACUGGGGUGAUGGUUUAAGGGGGUGGGGGGUGAGGGGGGGAGGUAACUUGUCCUUGUAGUUGUUUUUAUAGUUUUGCCUUAUGAUGUAGGUGCAGAAAUGUAAUUUGCUCCAUUUUUUAAAAAAAUGAAAGUAAGAUUAUCAGAGGAAAAGUGCCAAGAACUUUUUGAGAACCAUGGUUGUAGCAUAUUGUAAUGUAUAGCUUUGCUUAGGGCUGGGAGAGCACUGGCAUGGAGUUUGAGUUCCAGCUGUGAUUACGUUUCUUCCCCUUCUGUUUGUUACCAUUCGUUCUUGUAUCUCCAUCGAAUAUUGAUGUCCUGUGCUUAAAGCAAAAUGUAUGCCUCAUUUAAAACACAACUAUACAGGAAAUCAUUCUCAGAAUAAGUCAGUGCCCUAGGUAAAAAAAAAAAAAAAAAAAAAAUGUGUUUUCAGAUUUAGACUUGGUUUACUUUUUUGUGCUUAAUUUUACAUUAUUAAGUGCCGUGCAUUAAAAAUUUUAAUCUUGGUUCUUUGUAUUUUGAAGUUGGUAUUUAAGUGGUAGGACUUCAAGGUCAGUCAAACACAUGCAAACUACUUAUGAGUGUUGUUGUGUCUAUUCAUUUUGCAAGUUUAAAGAUAUCUCAUCAUGUUGGAUGUCAGUAAGCUUGCCAUCAAUGUUUCUAUUUCUGUGAAAAAUUUCAGGCAAUAAGAACAUUUUGUCGUGACCACUUCUGUAUCUAUCCAAGUUUGUAUAGAAUUCUACAAUUAAAAGAUGUUUUCAAUAUUUCAAA